AUGUUCGCUGCCAGGCGUCUUGCUGCGGCAUCAUCCAGGACCCUUUCCAAGCACUCACCUUCUUCCACUCGGAUCGCUGCGACAAUGGCUCCUGCGGCUCGGCGAAACAACAGCUCUCUCCCGGCAGGAUAUGUCGAGGAUAAGAGCAAGGGACCAAUGCUCCGAUUCCAGGAGUCUCUCCCUAAACUACCCGUUCCCACUCUCGAAGAGACUAGCGCCAGGUACUUGAAGUCCCUACGCGCUAUCCUAACUCCCACCGAGCUGGAGGCUAGCAAGGCGGCAGUCGAGGAAUUCAUCAAGCCCGGUGGUGUUGGCCGAAAGUUGCAGGAGAAGCUUAUCGCCAGGCGGGAGGACCCCAAUGUUAAGAACUGGAUCUAUGACUGGUGGAACGAGGCGGCGUACCUUGCCUAUCGCGACCCCGUGGUCCCCUACGUCAGCUACUUCUACUCUCACCGCGAUGACCGCCACAGGAGAAACCCGGCGAAGCGCGCCGCUGCCAUCUCCAGCGCCGUCCUCGAGUUCAAGAAGUUGGUCGACUCUGGCACUCUCGAGCCGGAAUACAUGAAGAAGGUGCCCAUUUGCAUGGACAGCUACAAGUGGAUGUUCAACACCAGCCGUGUCGCCGCUCGUCCCGCCGACUACCCUAUCCAGUUCCCCGCCCAGGAGAACAAGCACAUCAUCGUCAUCCGAAAGAACCAGAUCUUCAAGGUGGCUCACGAGGUUGGCGGAAAGCAGCUCAACGCUGCGGAGCUUGAGCAGCAGUUCAACAGGAUUUACCAACUGGCGUCGAGCUCCGUCCCCCCCGUCGGCGCGUUGACGUCGGAGAACCGAGAUGUUUGGUCCGAUGCCCGCCAGAUCCUCCUCAAUGCCCACCCCAGCCACGCUGCCGCGAUUGAGGCGAUUGAGGCGUCGUCCUUCGUUGUCUGCCUCGACGAUGCGGCCCCCGUGACUCUCGAGGAGCGCGCGCACCAGUACUGGCACGGAGAUGGUGCCAACCGUUGGUACGACAAGCCUCUGCAGUUCAUCAUCAACGACAACGGUACCUCCGGCUUCAUGGGUGAACACUCCAUGAUGGACGGUACCCCUACCCACAGGAUUAAUGACUUUAUCAACGACCUGAUCUUCAACAACAAGAUUGACAUCUCCGACCCCUCUAUUCGCUCCAACCUCCCCGAGCCGGAGGCCGUCAAGUUCCACAUCACGAAGGAGGUUCAGGCGGAGAUUGACCGCGCUGUCAAGGACUUCCGGGACGUCAUCGGCCAGCACCAGCUUGCCAUCCAGGCCUACCAGGGCUACGGCAAGGGCCUGAUCAAGAAGUUCAGGUGCUCUCCCGACGCCUACGUUCAGAUGAUCAUCCAGCUCGCCUACAAGAAGAUGUACGGCAAGAACCGCCCCACAUACGAAUCGGCCGCCACCCGCCGAUUCCAGCUCGGCCGCACCGAGACCUGCCGAACCGUGUCGCCGGACUCCGUUGCCUGGUGCAAUGCCAUGGUUGACCCCAACGCCUCCGACCCGGAGAAGGUCAAGCUGUUCCGCACUGCCGUCGACUCGCACCUCGAGUACAUCGCGGCCGCCUCGGACGGCAAGGGCGUUGACCGACAUCUCUUCGGAUUGAAGAGGCUCCUCGAGCCCGGUGAGCAGGUGCCCGCCAUUUACCAGGACCCCGCUUUCAGCUACUCGAGCUCGUGGUAUUUGUCGACUUCUCAGCUUAGCUCCGAGUUCUUCAACGGUUACGGAUGGAGCCAGGUUAUCCCUGAGGGCUUCGGCAUCGCAUACAUGAUCAACGAGAACAGCCUUAACUUCAACAUCGUAUCCAAGGGUCUCGGCAGCGAUAGGAUGAGCUUCUACCUCAGCGAAGCCGCCAACGAGCUUCGGGAUCUCCUCGCGCCCACUCUCGAGGCGUCGAAGCCCAAGCUGUAA